AUGCAGCCAAAAACGCUUAAACCUAACCCAGAAAUGGCGUUCUCCAGAGUCAAGCCAGAAGAGAUCGCUUACCUGACAGCAGUCCUUGGGCACCGGUCAGCCCUCCGAGUCCGUGUGCCCCAGGUGUGGUUGGCAGCAGCCCCAGAGCUGACUCUGUCUGGCAUGUUGGAUAUAAUAAAGGAGCAAAAUCGAGAGUUAAGAGGUACACAGAGGGCUAUAACCAGAGACAGAGCAGCACUUGAAAAACAGGAAAAACAACUGGAACUGGAAAUAAAGAAAAUGGCUAAGACUGGUAACAAAGAAGCCUGUAAAGUGCUAGCAAAGCAGCUUGUACAGCUGCGGAAGCAGAAAAAUAGAACAUAUGCUGUUAGCUCUAAAGUCACUUCUAUGUCAACUCAAACAAAGGUCAUGAACUCUCAGAUGAAGAUGGCAGGAGCUAUGUCAACUACAGCAAAAACAAUGCAAGCAGUUAAUAAGAAAAUGGAUCCACAAAAGACACUACAAACGAUGCAGAAUUUCCAGAAAGAAAACAUGAAGAUGGAAAUGACUGAAGAAAUGAUUAAUGAUACUCUGGAUGAUAUUUUCGAUGCUUCCGAUGAAGAAGAAGAAAGCCAAGAUAUUGUUAACCAAGUGCUUGAUGAGAUAGGAAUUGAAAUCUCUGGAAAGAUGGCCAAAGCUCCGUCAGCUGCCAGAGGCUUACCAUCUGCAUCAACAUCAAAAGCUGCUACCAUAUCCGAUGAAGAGAUUGAACGACAGCUCAAAGCUUUGGGAGUUGAUUAGCUUGAUGGCAAUAUACAAUCUGCCUUCUAAUUAUUCAGCUGCAGACAGAUGUAAAAAGUGCAAAUACUCAUUCAAUGCAACUGAUGUCUAGGAAAACCCUGAAGCUUCAGAAAUGGCAACUUGAAGUUGGUACUGGGGGGAAGGAGAAGGGGAGAAUAUUUUGAAUCAAUUCACAGGGAGGAGUUCACUAGGUGGGUUCAUUGCAUGGACUCUCUGAGCACUGGACCAACCAGGGAUGUAGUUCUGAUGAUAAAUUCAUUUCAGAAUGUCCUCUGAAUUCA